AAAUUUGCGUAUGUUGUGUCUUGUCAUUUCUUUCACAAGAAAGUGGGUGUUUUAACAACAUUUUGUUAAGCAACUACGCUGUUUAAUCAUUCGUUAAAUAGUAAUGUCUGCAUCUACGUGAAAUACGGCCAUGGAAGGGUUACCUACGGGUGACAUCCAGGCUAAAUACCAAAAAUUGGCAACGGAAUAUUCGAAGUUGCGAGUUCACGUUAAAGUGUUAAAGAAGGGCGUGCUAGAUGAGCAAGCGAAGUCUAACGAGUUGAGGGAGAGUUUGAAGGAGAAGGAGAAAGCACUGAGGAAAGGGGAGUUGGAGAUAGAUUCACUCACGUUUAGGAAUCAGCAGUUAACGCGGCGCGUGUCUGUGUUGCAAGAUGAACUCGAGCUGUUACAGACAAAAUCUUCAAAGAAGGCAAAGAGUAAAGAUGACAAGCCAGCCGCUACCAGCAGUGCCCCACCGCUGGACACCGGUAUACUGCAGGAAGAGCUCCAGAAGAAGAUCAUGGAGAAUGCACAGUAUGCUUCACAGCUUUCAGAUAAAGUAUUCGAGCUGUCCCAGCUCAAAGCGGCCCUGGACGACUACCAGCGCCACCUGAGCGAGAGUGACAGCCGGUACAAAUGCGAAGUGGCCAAGUUGAGGCACAAGAAUCAGGAGCUUCAGUUUGCUUUAGAAGAGGCUCAGAGAGCGAGCGGCACGCCGAACAGGCAGCCCAGCCAGCCAUGCUGUAACGGGGACUUUCUGUCGGAGGGAGGCAGCUUGAUCGGCAGCGAAGACGCUCUAAGCUCCGUAGACGAGCUAAACGCCGUGGAACAGAUCAGCGCGAAGGCUCAUGCUACCGAACAGGAAAACCAGAAACUCCGCAUGGAAUACGAGCUGCUCCAAAUGGAAAAUGAAAGCCUCAAACUAGAAAUUAGCAAACAUGUAUCAGCGUCCCAGAGACGGAGAGGGGACGGUCAUGACUCCGGAGACUUCAACUUUUACUCGGAGACCUCAGUGGACGGAGAAGGCAGGCUCACCGGGAUACUUGGCAGUGUGGAAGUGCCCUUCUUAUUGGGACAUGAGAUACAGACGAGAGAGGAUAGGAUGAAGACAUACUUUAGGAAUAAGAUUAGCGAACUGAAAGUUGAGAAUGAGCAGUUGAGGAGUAAGACUGAACAUUAUGUGAAAGAGUGUGAGAUGCUGAGGACGAGGUUUGAAGAGAUGGAGCGCGACAGAGAGACAGACGCGCGGACCAUAGAAGACAAACAUAAAACUAUUAGUAGAUUGGAGGAAGAGCUACAUUCCACGUCCCGCAACUACGAGGAGCAGAUGUCGGUUCUGUCGGAGCACGUGGCCGGGCUCAACGAGCAGCUGGCGCGCCAGCACGACCAGAUCGACCAGCUCAAGCACCAGGUGAGCAGGAGGAAAUAG